ACCCUUCUCUUCACAUUUCCACCGCUGUUUUCUUUUAACCACUAACCCCUCCACGGUAUAUGCAUUUUCACCUCUCUGCCACACAUCAUCCUCUUCUCCGUCCUCCUGUGGAUUCCCCGCCAGCUUCCGGCCGCUCCUCGCCUCUUCCGGUGAGUGAGUUGCCCGCGGCCUCUGAAAUACUCUCCCGCUGUUGGAGAAAUGCUUGAGCAGCUCGCAGCAGAUUGAUGAGCAUCCAGCCAUGCCGGCGCUACAUGGACCCGUUCUGUUUGUCAGGCCCGGUGCUUACCCUGAACUGAAACCGUGCCCAAAAAACGCUGCUGGUCAAUUUAACAACUUCUUAGGUUGCCAUGCGGUUUGUAGUUCCUUUGAAGGUCAUCAUGUACAGAAGCCACACUUUGUUCCUAGCUUCAGAGUUAACUUUGCGAGAGUCAGUCAUUAUCUUCACAGAAGCUUAAACGAGAGAACUACAAGGCAUUGGCUGCACCGAUUUCAUGUUAAUGCUUCAUCAGACGAGGAGUUCCGUUCAUCGCGUAAUAUAGCAACUAGCUUAUUCAAGCAGUAUAAGAAUGUCAUUGAUCGAGGAGGUGGAGAUAACAUAAAAGGAUUUGUUAAUGCUGGAGUGCAAGCAUAUGCCCUAGGCUGUACAGAAGAGGGGAUUAGAAUGGAACUUAUGGAUAUCAAAGCUUCUGGUGUCGAGAUUGAAGGCCUGCGGUCUUAUGGAGGAGGAACAAGCUUGAGCUUCAAAGUCCGUUCUUUCGAGGUGAAGGAAUGCAUUCUGUGGCUGAGUAUAGUGUUCAUUACAAUACUGUGCACACCACAGCCAACAAUCAUCAGGUGGUCUACUUCCCCACCAGUGUCGGAUGAUCUGUUGGACCAGUGGAAAGGAUUCUGUGCCCUGAUAGCAAACGCGUACUAUACAAAAGGCAUGGCAUGGCUGCCAGUGAAAACAUUGCAGCUGGAACAAAUGGCUGUCAUGGGAAGUUCCGAGGAGCCAUCAGUGGUGGCAAGUCGGAUGCAAUUAGUUUUCAGUACAUUAGAGGUAGUUAGUCCACAGUGGCCAAAAGUGUAAUGAAGUGAUGCCUAUAUACCGUACAAAGAUCUUCGGUUCACAGGACUCAUCGUGACCCACAGCCAGGAAUGAAAUGCUUUCUUGAUGUCCAGGCAUGUGAAUGUACACCAAAAUCAAAUCUCUGCAUGUGCUUAGAUUGUGUACCAUUUGUCAAUACAUGUAUAUAGAAGCUACUGCCUUUGUAAAUCUCCACCUUCAACUACAAUACAACGAAAGUGAACGUC